UAUUUUGCUCCUCUGAACUAACGUGGCCAACAAGCUGGAGCUUCUCCCAUUCUUCCCAACUCCCUUUCUUGGUCUGGCCAGAAGAGGCUCGGAAUUUUACAAAGGCUGAGUAAGGAGACACGAGUGGAUCCGAAUUUGUGUUGAGUUCAGUUGGUGAUACAGCUGUUGAGCCUGGGUGAGUUUGUACUUCCGCUGGUGUUGCACCUCUUCACACGUGGAUCUGCGCGCUCACCGGGGCUUGGCUGCAAAAAAUUGGGGUCGGCGGCCCGGGAAUUCAACCAGAAUAGAGCUGGAAGGGACCUGGGAGGUCUUCUAGUCCGGCCCCUUAACUCAAGCAGGACAUCCUAUAGCAUUUCAGAACGGAGAGGGAGGGGUUCUCCUUGUGCCUUUGAGAAAAAUGUCCAUGGAUGUAACCUUUCUGGGCACGGGGGCUGCGUAUCCAUCUCCAACGAGGGGGGCCUCGGCUACGGUAAUCCGUUUUGAAGGAGAAUGCUGGCUGUUUGAUUGUGGCGAGGGAACGCAGACGCAAUUUAUGAAAAGUAAUCUGAAAGCAGGAAAGAUUACCAAGAUUUUCAUAACUCACCUGCACGGGGACCACUUCUUUGGCCUUCCUGGACUGUUGUGUACAAUCAGCCUGCAGUGUAGUCCAGACGCCAACAAGCUGCCGGUGAAUAUUUAUGGACCCCUUGGGCUAAAGGAUUUUCUCCAGAGGACCAUGGCGCUUUCCCGUUCCCAGCUGGUUUUCCCUUACGUGGUCCAUGAACUGGUUCCCACACCCAACCAGUGCCCCGAAGAAGAAUGGAGUGACGUGUUUUCCGAGAAGCGAGAUGAAGGCAGCUGUCCAGAGCCUCCAGGAGACGUUAUUUGUCUGAAUCCGGCAGACGACUCGUACUUCUUGGUGGACGAUGGGUCGGUCGUGAUGAAGGCUUUCCGAUUGUUUCACCGUAUACCUUCCUUUGGGUUUCUGGUGGAAGAGAAGCCGAGGACUGGCAAACUCAAUGCACAGAAAUUGAAGGAAUUAGGAAUUCCGCCUGGUCCCUUAUAUGGGAAAUUGAAAGAAGGCGUUCCGAUUACUUUGGAAAACGGGACAAUCGUUUCUCCGAUGGAUGUCUUAGAAAGUCCUUUUCCCGGAAGAAAAAUUUGUGUCUUGGGGGAUUGUUCGGGUGUGGUUGGGGACGGGGUGACGUCACUUUGCUCUGAAGCCGAUAUCCUGAUUCACGAAGCCACCCUGGAUGACAGCCAGAUGGAGAAAGCCAAAGAACGUGGCCACAGCACGCCGAAAAUGGCCGCCGAGUUUGCUAAGCUGUGCAAAGCCAGGAAAUUGGUCCUGUCUCAUUUUAGCCAAAGAUAUAAGCCCGCAAAUCAGAGAGGGGAAGGAGAUGCAGACGUUACAGAGCUGAAAAAGCAAGCCGAGAUGGUUAUGAACGGAGAAGAAGUGGUGCUGGCCGAGGAUUUCAUGACAAUUAGUGUCCCAGUUAAAAAAACAAAGUAGGAGGGCUGGGCAACAAGACGGAAAUUAAUUGGCGGGUGUGCAAAAACUUUCCCACUGUGACUUGUCUUCCAGGUGAUCCUCUUGGAAGGGACCGAAGGAAGUCAGGUUUGAAUUAGGAUGGGCCUCUUUGUAUGAACAUCUGUUCUUUAUUGAGUCCAAUAUUUCCGAUGCAUUUGUAAUGUUGACACGGAUUAAAUGUGCUUUGCGUGCUCUCUCGCUGCAAGGGGAAAGCCUUCCUUGUGAGGCAAAGUCUCUUGUGUGUUUCAGCCACGUGGAAUCGAGGACCUCAUGAAAGAAGGCUGCAGUUUUUUUAAAAACGCUCAGGAAUACUGGUAGUCCUCGAUUUAUGACCACAAUUGAGAAAUUACAAUU